AUGGACAAGUUCAAAGCCCUUGAACCAGUCAGACUCUACUCCUCUAACAAUCCCUCUCAAAAGGCCCAAAAACCACAGUACAGACUAAUAGGACGUCUGCCAGAAGAUCUACAUCUACUCAUUCUACAGUCUCUACCCGUUCCCGACAUCCCUGCUUAUGCUCGCGUUUCCCGUCCGCUCUCUCGUUUGGCCGCUUCAGACUCCCUUUGGGAAGGACGCUGGAAGGCCCUCGAAGUUAAAGGACACAGUUUUGAGCCCAUUUUGGAUCAACUGGAACAAACUGCUAGGAAAUCCAGUACGGCAGCACAGGCAUCACAACCUCCAACCGUCAAGGUAGACGAUGACUUCGGUGACUUUACGUCGGGGCCAACGUCUACAGGGGCAGGAGUCAACUCAGGAAAUGGGCAAGAUCUCUUCUCCUCCGAAGAAAUGGGUGACUUUGUGGGCGGCACCUUCGCUUCACCCGCUAUACCCAGUCUCAGUACCCGCUUUCCGUUGACGGCAACCAACGCCAUCCCCUCCGCUCCCUCGUCACGAAGUAAUUACACUCGAGCUCAUUCGCUCCUCAAACCCUUGACCACUGCCCUUUUAUCACCGCCACAUCUCAUCCUCACCGUGCUAUUUCCGGCACCUGCGCCUUCGCUGCACUACCAAUCCAAAGUGCUGCACCUGCUCGCAUGUUUCCUUUCCCCCCGAAUACAACCUCUGCGCAAUACUGAGACGCUCUUCAGCGCGCUUAGAGCGGCAGCUGACAGAUUCGAGGCGACACUACUUGCCGCCUUUGAUGACGCUGAUGGCAGAGGAGAUGAAGCCGCAAUGCGAGAAGCUGCGGAAGCGAGUUGGGAGGUGUGGGAUCCCCGGGCUGCGGCUGCAGGAAGCGGGAGCGGUGAAUGGGAACUAGGUCGAGUUUGGGCCGAGAAACGGGAGAUAUUCUACAUGGGUGGGACUCAUAAACCACUGAAUAAUUUUACGCCUUCGGGUGGACUGAAUUUCGACGCUAUGGAUGCCUUCAUGAACUAUGUCCUCGAUGCCCUACGAGAACAUGGCUCGCGUGCCGUCCGCGUAUUCCCCCCAGCCUCUGGAGUUCUUCUGUCUUUUGCUGACCGCAUCGCUUCGGAAGUCGUAGGCGAAUACAUCACCCCUCUCCUUACACAUGCUCGCUCGCUGGCGAACGGUGCUUUGUUCCUCCAAGCCACGGCGGCAUCUUUUCGGGAAGCAUGGCGGAUGGUUGAUACCAUCGUGCAAAUAUCCCUGGAGGGUAAGACGACAGACUCGGAGGGAAAGGAUACAAAAUCAGGUGUACAGGUCACCCAGGCGGAGGACGUCGUGUACCGAAUGUUCGAGCUGAACAUGGACGAGUAUCUUGAUGAAGAGGUGGAGUCUGUCAAGCAAACUUUCGCAAUAACCAUUCGGCAGUGGGACAAACAGUUGUCUUCCUCAACCUCGCUCGCAGUGAACGGAGGUCCCGGCAGUUCCGGGAAUACACCGACACAACCUUCAUUCAUCGCAUCGUCUUCACCUGCGAACCUCAAACGAUCCGUUCUAUCAUCGUUCACCAAUGUUUUACUCCUCCCGGUCACUAUCGUUCCUCGUGCUGUCGUUGCAGCUGGUGGUGCUGUUGGAGGUGCUAUGGGCGCAAUGGGGGGAACAGUUGGCGGCGCUGCCGUUCAAGGGAUCAGCAUGCUUGAUCCCAGGCGUUGGGGUGGGCAGGCAAGUGGUACAUUCGGGGGAAGUCCUGCCGGAGGAUACAAGCGAGGUACGGCAGGAGAUGGGGACGGUGAUGACGGACUUCUUUUUGACGAACCUGAAGAUGAGGACGAGAAAGACGAGAAGGAUGAAAAGAAUUGGCGUGGUAGUGUGGAUGAGAAGAGCAAGUCGACCGACAUGGCAUGGGGCGAGAAGGAGAACGGUGACUGGGACAAUGCCGAUCGCGUUUCUUUGGCGCCCACUGUCGAUAGCACGGCGAACACAGCGGCGACAGACCACACGAGGACUACAUCUGUGACGUCCGCACGUGCAUCGACCGCGUCACUUUCAAGCUCGCAUGCAGCUCGUAAGCGCGCUCGAACAUAUGACAACCUUCAGUUGCUGCUUUCGCUGGAUGUCACCCUUGAAAUCAUCCACGCCACGAGAGACUCGCUGAAGAGGGUGGAGACGUUCGCCGGUUACCCAGGUACAUAUGGACACAGGGUACACGACACGAUUGAGGAGGUCGCGGUAGAGAUGUUGAGAGUUAUUGCACAGCAUGUCAAGGGCGGUUUUGAAAGUGCGAUCGUCCAAAUGCGAACAUUCCAACCGCCACCAGCCGUCCCUGGCUCGGGCUCCCUUCCAGCCUCCGGCCCAUUACCUGGCGGUGACGAAACCUCAAAUGCUGUGGCUCCUCUGGUACAAUUCUUUGAGCUCGUCCAUAUCGGUGAUACUAUUCAAAGCAUCGUCCAGGUCUAUUUUGACAAGGAGCUUACUCCACACGUCGAUGUUGGAGACUUCCUGAACGGUGUCAUGAGAGAAAAGAAGCGGUUUGAGAACGUGCUCGACGAUUCCGUGGCCCAAGGCUUGAAUGCCGGUAUUGAAGUGCUCAUGAACCAAGUCGAACAUAUCAUCUUAACUCUGACACCUCCAAGGACGUAUUAUCCCCCAGAAGAUGACCCGCUGCUUCUCGGACCCACGAAAGGCUGCACAGAGGCCAUCCGAUGUUUGAAAGAACAUCUCCGAUUGUUGAAAGGCAACGUUAACCGCGAGGUUUUGGAAGUGUUCGAGACGGAAGUCGGGGUACGGUUGAUUGGAAUUCUACAAAAACAUCUCAAGAGACAGAUUAUCUCGCUCAACGGUGGAUUCCAAGUCAUUGCUGAUUUAAACGCCUAUCAUACUUUCAUCUCAUCGCUGAAGAUCCCCACUCUGACCUCGGACUUCGCAAACCUAAAGAUGCUAGGCCAUGUCUAUAUUGUAGAAGACGCAAAGGACUUGGCACAGAUUGUGCGAGAUGUGACAAGAUAUGGGGGCUCGUACAGACCGGAGGAUAUUUACGAAUUUAUUCAGCGUCGAAGUGAUUGGAAGAAGAUAGAGAAGAUCGUGGACAAGACGAUGUACAACUUGAACCUCAAAGAAGAUUGUGUGGUUUGUUGAGGGCCU